UUAUUAAUCAAACAAUUUGACAUUGUCAGCUGUGACGUGUGAGACUCUGACCCCUAACCUCAAAAUACUCAUUUAAAACAACAAUCAUUCGUACACCAAAAUGAUUUUUUAAUUAAUCGUUUUCAAAUACAGACGCAGUCUUCAAUAAAUUGCUUUCUAAAAUAAUAUUUAUUAACAAAAAUGAGUGAGGCAUACAAAAAAAUGGUCCAGAAAAAGCACAUACUGCACAGCAGCAUAUUUAACCAAACCAUGAGAGAUUGGCAUUCAUUAAAAACUGAAAUAACCCCCAAAAAUUUGAUGUACCCUGUGUUCAUUAUAGAAGCUGAAAAUGAACUGCAGGAAAUCCCUAGCAUGCCAGGGGUUGCUCGUUAUGGAAUUAAUAAACUAAAAGAAUAUUUGACACCAUUGGUUCAAAAGGGGCUUACUUCUGUCCUAGUUUUUGGUGUUAUCAGUUCCUUAAGCAAAGAUGAAUCGGCUACGAACGCAGACAGUCCCAAUAAUCCUGUUGUUCAAGCCCUUCCACUAUUAAGAAAAUGGUUUCCAAACCUCACAAUAGCAUGUGAUGUAUGUCUAUGCCCUUACAGUUCUCAUGGACAUUGUGGAAUAUUGACUGAUAAAGGACACAUUGAUAAUGCCAGAAGCAUUAAAAGGAUUGCCGAAAUUUCUUUGGCUUAUGCUAAGGCAGGAGCCCAUAUAAUAGCCCCUUCAGACAUGAUGGACGGCCGCAUCGGAGCAAUAAAAUCAAUUCUAAUAGAAAAUGAUUUACAAAACACCGUUUCGGUCCUAUCAUACACUUGUAAGUUCGCCUCGAGCUUCUAUGGGCCGUUUAGAGAUGCCGCCAAGUCAGCGCCAGCCUCUGGUGAUCGAAAGUGUUACCAAUUGCCACCUGGGGGCGCCGGUGUGGCUUUAAGGGCUGCUGAAAGAGAUGUUGAAGAAGGUGCUGAUUUUUUGAUGGUGAAGCCUAUUAUGGCCUACAUGGAUAUUCUUAAACAAGUUAAGGAUAAAUACCCGGAAUACCCAAUGUUCGUGUACCAAGUGUCUGGGGAAUAUUCCAUGAUAUAUGGAGCAGCUCAAAAAGGUGUUUUUGACCUAAAGACUGCCUUAAUGGAAAUAUUAGGGUCCUAUAGGAGAGCUGGAGCUGACGUAAUUAUUACUUAUUAUACGCCACUCGUUUUGGACUGGAUAGCACUGAAACAUAAACUUUAACUAUUACUGUUUGACUGCUUAUUAGCUGAUUUAAUUUAAUAAAACUUUUAUGGUAUUAUAUUUA